GCGGCGGCGGGCGCGGGGCCGGUGGGUGCGCGGGGCGGGAGGGGCCGCGCUCGGCGCCGCCGCUGCCGCCAUGCGGGAGCGGAGGCCGGUACCGGCCGCCCCGGCCCGCUGCAAGCUGGUGCUGGUGGGCGAUGUGCAGUGCGGCAAGACGGCCAUGCUGCAGGUGCUGGCCAAGGAUUGCUACCCCGAGACGUACGUGCCCACCGUGUUUGAGAACUACACGGCGUGUCUGGCCAGCGAGGAGCAGCGGGUGGAGCUGAGCCUCUGGGACACCUCCGGCUCUCCCUACUACGACAACGUGCGUCCCCUCUGCUACAGCGACUCGGACGCCGUCCUGCUCUGCUUCGACAUCAGCCGCCCUGAGACCCUGGACAGCGCGGCCAAGAAGUGGAAGACGGAAAUCCUGGAUUAUUGCCCCAACACGCGGGUGCUGCUCAUCGGCUGCAAGACAGACCUGCGGACAGACCUGAGCACCCUGAUGGAGCUGUCCCACCAGAAACAGGCACCCAUCUCCUAUGAGCAGGGCUGCGCGGCCGCCAGGCAGCUGGGAGCCGAGAGCUACCUGGAGUGCUCGGCCUUCACCUCGGAGAAGAGCGUCCACAGCAUCUUCCGGACCGUGUCCGGCAUCUGCCUCAGCAGGGCCCCCCCGCAGCCCCCCCGCAGCCCCCCCCGCAGCCUCUCCAAGAGGCUCCUGCACCUGCCCAGCCGCUCCGAGCUCAUCUCCUCCACCUUCAAGAAGGAAAAGGCAAAAAGCUGCUCUGUCAUGUGAAGGGUGGGGGGGGGGAUGUGAAUGUACCCCCCGCCACCUCCUCAAAGCUGCUGGUCCCCUCGAGUCCCCAGGAUGGGGUGGGGGGCUGGACGGGGCCCUGGAGCCCCCCCACAAGGAGGAGGGGGUGUCUGCUGCCUUCCUGUCACCCCCAGCCUGGGGGGCAGCCCCUGUGGAGCUGCCGUGGGGAGAUCUGGGAGGGCACCCAGGGAGGGGGUUGCUCCCCAGCCCCCAAACCCUGGGGGGGGCUCAUCUGUGGCCUCAUCCCAUUUCCCCCUCCCCAUCCCUCAUUUGCUGCUUGGCUCUGGGGACCCUGGCGGGGGUGGGGGGCUGUUUUAUGGACUGUCUGGGGGGUGUCUCUGUUCCAUGGUCAGUGUUAUUAAAAAGCUUAUUUAUUAUCAGAAAUAUAACAUCACCCCACAUGCA